AUGAAACACUUCAUUUCAGGUUAUUUCAUUUUUGAUAUUACUUUUAUGCUAUAUAUUGACAGAUCCUCAAACGAUUUAUACAUAUACCUUUUACUGCUUUUAGGAGGAACUGCACUUGAUUUGGUAAUCUUAAAUGAUAUAUAUAUUUUUGAUAGACAUAAUUCAAAGGUAACAUAUCAAUCUUAAAUCAAUGGAGGUUUUGCUUUUUGGUAGUUCCUCGAUACAGGUUUCUUAACUAUCCUCAUAAUUUAUAGAUUGUUUCGCAUGUAUAGCGUUGCUAAAAAAUGGUUACCUUAAUUCAAAACAACUUAUCAGACCUUAAACAAAGAAAUCAACACAGAUGAAUAUCUUUCAUUGGUAUCAAAAGAAUCUUCUUAGGAGGAGACAGAUAUCAAUUCACCAGACAUCUUUACUAAUAAUUAAGCUCCACCUUCUUAAUUUAAUAAUUUAAACGAAACAUAACGAAGUGAGAUAAAUACCUUGCAAUUUAAUAUUACUGAGACAAAGUAAAGAGAAUAUUCUGUUUCUUAAUCUCCUCAAGUAAACUCAUAAAACGGUUAAUCUAAAGAAACGAAAGUUUAAGGACAAAUAACUAAUAAAAAUUAAGCAACUCCUUCUUUAAAAUAUUCUCAAAGCAGAUAGCAAGUGUAGUCGGAUAAUCUUGACUAGUAAUUACAAAAAGAUUAAGUAUAAGCAGAAUAACCAUAAAAAAUCAAAGCCUUCAAAUCUGAAAUUAAUUAAGAAUCCAGUGGAUAGCAAGUUCUAGAUAAUAACAUAAAUAAAAAAUUGAAAGGAAAAGAAUUCAAAGAAUAAUAAUCUACAUCACAAGAAUACUAAAAUGAUAGUUAGAAAAAAAUAAAUACUCCAUUACAACGCAAUUUAAAUCUCAACCAACAGUCAGAGUUAGCCAUAACCUAAAUUGAUGAUAUUUAAAAUAAAAUUUAAAAUUAACAAGUCACCAUAACUGAAACGCAAAAAAAUAGCAAUUAAAACAAAAAGUAAUAAAAAAAGAAAUUCAAUACUAAAGUUUCAUUAGAAUAGACUAAUAAUUUACUAGAAGAGCAGCAAGGUGAAAUAAUUUAGCAUAAAUAGAGUCCUGCUAUUAAUAUUAAACCAAUAAGUAAUUUUGAAUAGCAAAACAACAACGUUAUCAAAAGAGUUUAAAAUGACGAAUUACAGAUUGAUCAAAAAAAAAUUAAUUAUUCUAGAAAACAAUCAUUUAAAAACCAAGGAAUUAGCACGAUUUAUACUAGAAAUAAUUAAGAAUAUUAAUAUCAUUCAUCUCCUUUAACCAAAUAAAGUACAAGGAAUCCUAAUAAUCCUCUAAAUCAAGCAAUUAAAUAAUAUAAAACUCAAAGUAAUAAUGAAGAAUUUAAAUCUGAAAAGAAAAAUAAGGUGUUGGAAAAACCAAAUAAGCAAAUCUUUUAUAUUUAAAAAUAGAAUAUCUUGUAAUAGCAAUAAUAAAAACAACUAGAUAAUAAUAAAAAUUCAGAUAGUGGUAUCUAAAAUAUAUAAGGCUCAUAAUCAAAUAAUGUUACUAAUGGCUCUUUAAUUUAAAAUUAGCUUCUUUGUUCUAACAUUUAAUUUGAAAAAGAUAUAGAAAAAACCUAAUAAAAUAAUAUAUGCAACCCUAAAAUAGUAGAAUAAAAGGUGGAGUAAAUUACAACAGAUAAAGAAUUAUAAUCCUCAGUUUAAGAAAGUCAGAAUAUCGAAAUCUCUUUAAAUGGAUAGUAAAAUAAUAGUUAUUUAUCUUAAAAAAAUGAAGAUAUUUAAUAAAAAUUGGCUUGCAAAUAAUCUGAUGCAGAUGAUUAAGAAAUUCAGAUUAUUAAUUUAGGCAUUUCUUCCUUCAACGAAUCAAAUGGAGAAAAUUCCUCUCCUUACCUCUCACCUAAAAACAAAGAAACUUGUGUUAAAAAUGAUGAAAAAUAAAACAGCGAGAUUUCAUUAAACCAAAAUAUGAGUCUGAUGAUACAUAGUUCUGAUAAGAAUAAUUUAGUUAAUUUAUAAAAUAAAUCUUAGCGUAAAUUUUCUUAUGAUUAAGAUGACGAAUCCUCUUCAGAAGAAAAUACUGAAAGAGAAAAUUAACAAAUAUAUAAAGAAGAUACUCAUUUUGAGAAAACAUUAUAAUAAAAUUCUCCACAAUUCUAAGUUUAGGCAAACUAAUAAUAAGUUAUUCUCAAUCCUACUAGAAAGCUACCUGAAUCUAAAUAUAAUAAGCCUAACAAAAAAAGUACGACUUCAAGGCAAUAGGCAAAUAUUUCAAAAUCUCCUUUAAUGUCUCCUUCAAAUAAUGACCAAGCUAAUAAUUCUUUGGCUUAACAAGAGAAUUAAAAUUCUACUUGUUAAGAUUAUGAAAUAAUUUAGAGUACUUAACCUUGUGAUACUGUAGAAUUAAGAAGUAAAACUGACACCUUGGCUUAUCUUUAAAAUAAUUAAGCUUCUCUUAACUUAGAUCUUACAAAUAAAUAAUGUAAUUAGAAUGGAUAAGAUGGAUUAAAAUCAACAGAGAUAGUUAAAGACUCUUGGGAUAGUGUUAAUAAUAUCCUACUGAAAGAAGAUUAGGAAAAUGAUUCUAAUUAAAUAGAUUAUUUUGCAAAUCCACUUUUGGAAGCUUUAUCUUUGCCUUUCCGUAGCCCUAAUAUUUACGCCGCUUCACCAACCACAGCAGAGAAGCAAAACAUCGUUUCCUCAUUUAAUGGUUUAAUAUUUUAACAGAUCAGUAACUGGAAUGAAUAGCAAAUAUAAAACUCAUAGACUCCAGAGAUAUUUUAGACUACAUCAAAUACUCUAUCUCCCAAAUAACAGUCAAACUAUUAAGCUUUAUCUGACAAUUAAAAUGAAAAAGCUAAAAAAAGAAAAUCUACAAAUGUAAAUUCAGAAGAUCUAGUAUCUGACCAAGAUAAAUAACACAAAGCUCCAGCAUGGCGCAUCAUUUCGGGAGAAGAUGAAAAUAGUAGUUAUGAAGAAUACGAAAAAAAGUAUAAUUAAGAUCCAAUUUUACAACAAGAUUCAAACUUAGAACAAUUAUCAGAUUCAAAGUCUUAAAUAAUUUAAUCUAAGAAUUAAUUUGAAUUGAAAACUGACCUAAGCAAAGAUUCUUAAUUUUAAACAGGCUCAGAGUAAGUAUAAUAUGUUACCGAAGAAAAAGACCAAAAAGAUGAAAUUGUAGAUUUUGUGAGUGCUUAACAAACUUAAAGCGAAGAAGAGCAAAAGGAAAAAACCAACUAAGAGAGCUUGUAUGAUUAAUCGCAUUAAUUUGAAGAGCUCUAUAGUAAUAAUCAGUUAUUAGCUGAUUUGAAUGCUUCUCUCUUAAAAUUUGAAAAUAAGCUAUCAACUCAACAAUAAGAUUAAUAGAAUCUUUAGUUAUCAUAAAAUGAAGAACCUUUAAUUAUUGAAAUAAAGGGUUAAAAUGGUAAAAUUUUUGAAAUAAAAAUAAGCAAAUUUAGUGAAUUUGAAAAUGCCUUUGAUGAAUAAUGCCAAAAUAAUGAUAUGAAUAAGGAAGACAUACUUGCAGCCAAAAUAAAUGUACUAACAAGUAUAGUUAAUUCUUCUCCAUCUACUCAAAAUACUAAGUUUAUAUAAGAAGCAACAAUACUUUUAAGCCAAACGAGUUUAGAAUAUACUUUGAAUAUUAUAGAAAACGAAUUUCCCUAAGAAUAACAACUCGUUGAUAGUAUUAGAAACAGUGGAGAAAAUAUAUUUAAUUACUGUUAAUUUUAUGAAUUAUAUAACCAACAAUAACAACUUGAUGCUAAUUCAUACAAUUAAUCAUUCUUUUCUCCUAUCCAAUCUGGUAAAAUCUUUCAGUAAAAAUAUAUUGAUGAGCAUGACUAGUAAAUUAAUCUCCCUGAAUUUAACUUGUUUUUGGAAAACACACAUCAAGGAGAUUCUAUGAUAAAUAAUGUGCCAAAUUUCAUGUUCCCAAAUUAUUUAGAUUUUUCUAGAAAUCAAUCCUUCCUUUAGGCUAAUAUAGGCAAUACAUCUCCACUAUAGCCUAGCCCAUAUUUAAUAUCGAUGGCAAGAUAGAAUAGCUUAAAGUAGUAAGCUGCAGCUAAUUAAAGAGUAAGCCAUAUAUACCCACAAUCAGUAGCUGAUAUAGACAGUCCUAAAUCAGAUAUGAGAAAAGACUAAUAGCCAAUUUCUCAUAUAAACUCAUUCAAUAAUAAAGGUUUAUAAUCUGAAAUAUAAUUACAAUCGCCUAUUUCUAAAAAUUUUGUCUUCUAACCUAUACCUAAAUAUAAUUCUCAGUAAAGUAGUUAGAUCUAACAUGCUUUUAAUAAUUCAAACAGCUCUCAACAAAUGCAAUUUUAGCAUAAUGCAAUUAUGUAAAUGGCAAGCUAAUAAUCAAUUCAAACUUCUUCUGAUAAACUAAAUAAUAUGUUAAUUUCCUCUUCAUCAAAAAAAAAUAAGUAAUCCAACUAAGUGAAUAAUGGUUUAUUUGACUAAUGGAAAUUUAAUCCUUCGAGUUUAAUAAAUACUCCUUUACAGCAAUCUUAAUUAAUGCACCAUAUUAAUUCUGAUUCAUCUCUAACUCAUGUAAAUUCUCAAAUUAGAGGACAAAGAAUUUGGCAACCACAUACUCCAUAUUUGUUAGAGGGUCCAACUCCUAAUCUCCUAAAAAAGCCUCCUACACCAUAAAUAAGUAGCGCAAACAACUUAUUUUCAUAAGACUUACUAAAUCAAUUAGCUUAACUUGGCUAGCCAGUUAAAUGA